AUGGGUGAAGAAUUGGAUAGUUCAACUGAAUCAACCCAAAUCAUUCUUCAUCUUUCCGAUACCAAGCUCUAUGAAAGACUCGACUGUGCUAUAUCAGAAGUGUUUAUAAAUUUUAAGAACGAGUUUGAAGAUCAACAACACAUUAUAGUUGAACAAACAACUCGUAAGUUGAAAAAAAUCAUGACUAAACAGAUGUUGGAGGUAUGUAUGGAUGUGACAUUAAUGAUUGAUCACCAAUACCAUGGUAGAAUUUUGUCAGAAUUACAUGAGAAUGGAAUGGUGCCGGCUAGUAAAUCAUCAAUAGAGUUGCUAGAACCGAUGGAAGCUGAUGAAAGAAAUAGCAACGAUGAGUGUUUGGUAUGUUUAAAUGCGAUAGGGGAAGAAACUCAAGUACUGUGUUUGCCUUGCUCGCAUAUGUUUCAUGGAGAUUGCAUUACAAAGUGGUUAGAGAAUAGUCAUUACUGUCCGCUUUGCCGCUUUGAGAUGCCAACGGAUUAG